AGAUUAAUGAAAUGAAUAAAUGAAUAUUUGACAAAUUCUAGUCAUUAAAAGCCAGAAGAAGAAAAAACAAAGAAACACAGAGGAAUAAGGUCGCUUUGAUUAUACUUUUCCUUCUAUCCAAUCCCCCCACCCACCAUCGUUUGUUAUCAUCUCCAAGCAAAAAAUAAAAAUAAAAAUUAAUGUCUGCAAAAAUCUGCAUGCAGUAUCAUAUUCCAAAAUCAUAGUGGGAACCUUAUCAUCACCAUAAAAAAAUAAAUUAAAAAAAAAAAGGUAGCAGAGCGAAUAUGGGGAGAGAGAAAGAGCAGGACCAAGAACAAAAGCAGCAGCCAAAAUCAUCGUUUAGAAGCAAAGCAGCGCAUCUUGUAUCUGGUAUAACCACUGUUUUACUCAACCCCAUCUCUGAUAAACCCUCAAGAACUCCACCACCACCAUCUUCUCAUGAUGAAUUGAAUAACUCCGAAGACAGCCAUUCAGAUGCAGAGGAGGAUCGAAAGGACGAUGUCGAAGGUCCCGAUACAUCUUCGUUUACCGCGUUUCUGUAUUCACUCUUAGCUUCGGAAUCGCAUCGCAACCCUAAUAUAGAUCGAAGAACCGAUUCCCGCGAAGAUGAGUUCAAGACAUCAUCGACAGCUACUAAAGAAGACGAAAAAAAGAAAAGUUUAAUGUCGAGGGGUAAACAGUCCAUCCGUAAAGCAUUCAAUCAAGCUGCUAAAAUCGGGGGGCUUCGGAACCAAGCCCCCACUAAAGGUGGUUCCAAUAUGCCAGCUGGCGACGGAAGUGGGGACCAUGGAAUCGCCAUGAUAACUUUGAACGAGUCACUGUCCUCCUCACAGAAUCUUGUGUUACAUCUUCCGGAAACUUCUGAGCCGUCUUUGCUUUUGUCUGAAAAGACUCGGAGUUUUCUUUACGCUGCUCUCCCUGUGGUUGUACAGGGUCGGAAAUGGGUUCUAUUAUAUAGUACUUGGAGGCACGGUAUAUCCCUUUCAACUUUAUAUCGAAGAAGUCUGAUUUGGCCCGGCCUCAGUCUGCUGGUUGUCGGGGAUCGUAAUGGUGCAGUAUUUGGCGGCUUGGUCGAGGCACCGUUGAGACCGACGAAUAAGAGAAGGUAUCAGGGAACUAAUGAUUCAUUUGUUUUCACUGAUACCUCUACACAACCUCAAUUAUUCCGUCCUACAGGUGUGAAUCGCUAUUACACUUUGUGCUCAACGGAGUAUUUGGCCAUGGGUGGGGGUAGUCAUUUUGCACUCUAUUUGGACGGAGAUUUAUUGAGUGGAUCGAGUUCGUCUUCAGAAACCUACGAUAACCCUUGUUUGGCACACUCCGAAGAUUUCGAGGUGAAGGAAGUUGAGCUAUGGGGUUUUGUAUACGGUUCCAAGUACGAAGAAACGAUUGCCUUGUCACGAACAGAAGUACCGGGCAUUUGCCACUGGUAGAGAUAACGUUUGAUCACUUCAUGAACUAACUGAAAAACGACGAAACAGCUGUAUAUAUACAUAUAUAUUUGAUCGUAAACUUCUGUGAAGACUUUAUCGAGACAUGUGUUUUUUUUUUUUGUCUCUUGUAUAUAAAAACCGUUGGGGUUUUGGCUGUUAGAGUGAUGCUAUUAUUCUCUAGCCGUGCUUUUUAAUCGACAGUACUUUGUUCGUGUUGCAAGAAUUUCGAUACUUAGUGCGAGAA